AUGCAGAGGUCUACAUCUGAUGUAAUCACUUAUAAUGGUAUUACUUGUCGGAUAUUGUUGUCGUGUGAAGCAAAAAAAGUGCUUGACCGAAUGGUGGAGAAGGAUCUUUUGCCCAACGUAAUUACCUGUAACAGCCUGAUAAAUGGAUACCGCAAGAAGAAGAAAAUCGAUGAGGCAAUGAUUUAUUUUCAGGAAAUCCAAGAUAAGGGUUUGAAUCCAAAUGUUGUUACUUACAAUAGGCUAAUACAAGAUGCAGCUGUUUUCUUCGGUAUGCCUGAAAACAAGGAAGUGAUGAAAGAUGCAGUGAUUACUAUUUUGAUCGAUGGUUUUGGCAAAUGUGGGAAGCCUAAUCCGGCAAUAGACGUUUUUAUUGAACUCUUGAGAAUAGGAUUGAAGCUAGAAAAGAAGACAUACAGUGCUGAUACGUGUGCUUUGCCUAGAAAGUUAAUUUCAUAA